CAGCAAUAAUUCAGCAUAAUCUUGAAAGUGUCAAGUGUCAGUAAGCGCCUUGUUAUCUUAUUAUUUACCAAUUUCAACCGUGUCUCAAUAGUUCAUGAUCCCUCAUCUUUUGUCUCAUUCUUAGAAGUUUGGAAUUUUAUCCAAUCUUUUGUUCUUGUUGUGACCUGAUGAGGUAAAUUUUUUUUGAGUAACUCAAUGCUGAUCAAUUCCUAAGCAUGAGUACUCCUUCCAGUGUCAACUACAAUUUUAAAGUAGUUUUACUCGGAGAAGGAAAAGUCGGAAAAACUUCAGUUGUUCUAAGGUACAUCGAAGACAAGUUCAAUGACAAGCACAUCAAAACCCUUCAGGCCUCGUUUUUAGUAAAGAAACUGAACAUCUCAGGAAAGCGAGUAAAUUUGUCUAUAUGGGACACUGCAGGGCAAGAAAAAUUUCAUGCUCUUGGACCUAUUUACUACAGGAUGUCGAAUGGAGCAAUUUUAGUUUAUGAUAUCACUGAUGAAGACUCUUUUCAAAAGGUCAAGAACUGGGUGAAAGAACUGAAAAAAAUGCUUGGUGAUGAUAUUCGACUGAUAAUAGCUGGUAACAAAAUUGAUCUAGAAAAACAAAGGACUGUUACUGUUCAAGAAGCAGAAGCAUAUGCAAUGUCUGUUGGUGCUAAACAUUUUCACACUUCAGCCAAGUUGAACAAAGGAAUAGAAGAAAUGUUCUUAGAAUUGACACGACUCAUGAUUGAACAUGCUGCAGAAAAAGAAAUAGCAAAAGCCGGAAUACUUAACAGAAGCGGUAGCCUACGCAGAAACGUGGUCGUUGUCGAUGAUGAAGAAGCUGUCCCAGAACCAACUAGUAAAUUCAGUUGUUGUAGUUAGUAAAUUCAAAUACCUCUGUCAUUGGUAUGUGAUAUUCUUCUAGUAUUAUCCAAAUUAUGAGCCAGGCGCAAAUUGCAUUUAUAAGAAAAUGUGAUGAUAUUCUUUCUGGUGUAACCAGUAAAUGAAUGUACGGGAUUUUGAAGAUCAUUGGAUCACUAUUUUUUUUUAGAGAAAGCCGGGGAAUUUUUAAACCCAAUUAAACUGUCAUAUUUUAAAGUGAUUCCUACAAAUUGGAUGAAACUAUUUUCAAGCCCCCCAAACCCCAUUUAUCCUCUUUGAAUCAAUCUUUUAAUGCUUCACAAUUAUGGUUAAGGAAGAACCUAACAUAGCCUUUGUAACUUAAUUCUUUAGACCUGUCCAAUACUUAGUAGGGAAUCACUGAAGGACCCAAAGUUUGCCAGUCCUAUAAAAUCUUGGUUUAUUUUCACCAGUAUUGAGAGGUAUCAAUAAAAUUUUGUCACUUUUUUUCUCCUUUUUUUUUGAAAAAAAAAAAAAAAAAAAAAAAAUCUUAGAAAAUUAAAAAAAAUAUCGAAAAAUCUCUUGGGCUAGUUGUGGGGGACUAUUUUCUAAUCAUUUUUAGAACAAAACAGUAAAUAAAUCAUUUCCUUACAAAUAGAGACAACAUGACUUGUCUCUAAAGGCAUGAAUGCUUUUAAAAAAAGAACUUGUAUGACCUACUUGAACAGCCAAAGGUUAGUCCCAGCAAAAUUUAGCUAAUUUAGCGAUCGGGAAGAAAUCGAAUUUUCAAUUUGAAUUGGUGGGCCGGACAUGUUUUGCAAAGAGUUACUGGAUCUAAGAAAUUGGGUGCAUCAAUCAGAUUUUGUAUUUAAAGACUUGGUCUGUUCUGAGAAAGUAUUUUGCUAGUCCCAGCCACUGAAAACUUCAUUAUUCACAGUUUAAUGUUACUGCAAUCACGAAAGAGGGGUAUCGAUAAGAGCCGUUUUUGAGCCAACCAUAGCCAAAUUUCAUCAACUCAACAAUAUUUUUCUAUAUUCAUGGAAUGCAUCAUGAUUUAGUCGUUUCCAGUCUCUUUUUUGGUCUAAUACUCUCACGAACAUGGGUCUUCAUGCCAAUUUUGGCAAAAAAUGCGGAAUAUUCAGAAUUCAACUGCAAACUCGUAAAAAUCGCAUUUCUCGCUUAAAUAUUUUCAGACCCAUAUUUAGGCCAGUUUAAACUGAAAAAGAGUUAAAAAAUGACCAAAUUAUGAUACAUUCUGUUAAAUUCAAACCUUCAAUGAGCAAAAAAUGGUAGAUUUGAGGGAACUUAGCUAGAGUUUGGCUGCUUAUAAACGACCCUUAUUGAAUACCCCUUUUUUUCCAAAGAAGGAACAAAAAGGUCGUCCUAACUUGUGCAUGUCAAUAAUUUUUUACCUUUUUUUUAAGUUUAAAUUGAACAGUCAAUUUUAUAAGGGAAGUAACAUCUGUUUCCCCUUGAAAACCUAUUAAGACGGAUCUAAUAUUAUCCCUAAGCUGAGAAGAAAGUUAUCAAGAAAAUUGUCUUUGGUUCAAAAAAUCAUUUAAUCCUGGUUUAAGUUUUCCAAGACUUCCAUUUGGUUUCUCAUUUUCGCUCAGCUAAAAAUUGACAUCUAGUUACAUCUAGAACUAAAAAAUUAGGUAGAAAAUCUUAUCAAGUUGCAAAUUAUAUCACAUUACCCAUCAGUAAUUGAUAAAAAAGUUUUCUCAGUCUUCUAGCAACAGUAUUGAUCAGAAAAAUGUAUUUGUCCAAAUGCCUAAAAAGUUAGAAGGGUCCGUUUUUGUAGGCUCUUACUAUAAAAUGAAGUCUUUACGUAUUUCAUAAUAGGUAGUUUUGACUGUUACAACUCGCAUCACAAGAAAGUCGAAUCACAAUGAUCAGGUAAAGUCUUCGAACGAUAGUUUCUACAGGUUUGCCUAGUGCCAUUUGGUCAAGAAUCAAUUAAACCAUCAAGGCUCCCUAUGCGGUAUGGUCAGACAUACCAUAAAGUGUCAAAGUUUUGGUGUAAAAAAGUUUGGGAGGAGGGGAUGCUGAUGCUGGUAAAAAUGACCAAUGAAGGGAGGUGUCAGCAAAAAGUCACUUGCAACAUGCUAGUGGCUAACAUGUCUAAAGACCCCCUACAGGCCUGAGCUCAUUCAAAAUUCUUGUUUCUAUAAUGAUUUUAAUUCACUAUUAAGACUGACCUAAGUUUCUUUUCAUUUCAUGGAAAUGAAUCUAGAUUGAUAAAAUGAACUGAGGUUAACAGAUACGUACUAAGUUCCGUUUUGGAAUCAAGAAAUGAGAUGGGAGUGGUUUAGAAUUCAACAAGUUUUAAAUUUUCUCCUGUCAAAAAUACAGAAUCGAGAAAAAUAUUUUGAACAUGAAAAUUGUUUAACUUACAAUUAGUCCCCAGCAUUGAGUCUUACGGCAGAAUAAAACUUCAAGCCUCUUUUUCUCAGCUCAAACUGAAUGCAACUUGGUGUGUUUCUGUUAACCUCGGUGCAAAUGGUAGAUAUAUUUAUCUCAUAAUUAAAUAGACCUAUGAUAAACUGGAUAUAUAUUUUUUAUAUACUUUUCACAGUUGAGAGUGUAUUUUUCUAUCUCCACCUCUCCCGUCUUCUUUGUUCACUAACUUUCUCUUUAAAAUUGUUCUGGUUUUAAUUUCCUCAUUUUAAAUCACACUAAGAAAAUUUGAAGUGAAAUAAAAUUCAAAGGUAGAACACAGUUUGUGUAAAGUUUUGCGUAGAUUUUAAGCUCCUGGAAAAUCUCAGGCAGUCUCGAAAGUUAAGUCAAGAUUUUUUUCCGAAACCCAUUAUGCUUGAGUAUUCACUAUAUAUGUAAUGAGUAAUUAAUUCAUACUGAGACAUCUCAGUUCAAGUUUUAAGAGCCAUAAGUUGAUAUUUUUUCACCUUUUAAGAAUCCUCUCGGGUCAUCAGUGAAACAGUGAGAUUAUGUGCUUCUUCAAAUCCAAAUUACACCGAGGAAACCUUAUUUGGGUGCCAAGUCAAGGGUCUAGCAUCUCAGUAUUAUCAAAAAAUUUUUGGAGGCCCGCACAAGAAAACAGAUCAUAAAAAAUACUUAAACUGACUUGUGCGUAAAAUUUGACCACAGGAAGCGUUUCGCUGGCUAGUCAAAUACGCGCAAGUCAGUUUAAGUAUCUUUUAUGGUCUCAGUAUUAUGCUUGAAUUACUGCCGUCCAUAGCAGGAUUGCAGAAAUGUUAUGUAUGUAGUAGUGUUAAGAAAAUGUACGAGAAGUACAAAGAAUGCAAGAAAUCAGUAUCUACUUGUUUCGGUUUUGAAAAUCUUAUUCCUCACACCUCUACCUUUAGUGGUCGGGGUGUAGAGAAAACAUAAGGCAGGUUACACUAGAAAAAUAUUUUUAAUUAUUAGAUGUGCUUUGGGGUUGUUUCUUGUAUUGCCUUUGAAAAAAACAAUUAUUAUAGGUGCUCACAGAUAACCUACACGACAAUUCUCGGCUGUGUUAAAUUGGAAGAAGCUGUGCGGGUUACCUGGUGGGCAACUUUUUCUCUAUACUGCUGUCUAUAUCCUUCAUUUUAAUGCUAGUUUUUUACUCCUUCGAAUAUCAUCCAACCAAGAGUCAAACUUGUCUUGCCUAGAUGGGCCAAUCAAGUUGCUAUGUUACACCUCCUCAAAUUCUUUUUGUUACUUACUGUACAUUCGUUAGUUUGUUUCUGUUUAUUCUGUUCUCAGCAUUGUAUUACAAUUCUCUCUUUAUUUUUUUCUAUAUUGUGUAAAAAAAAUUGAAAUGUACCAAGUAAAAUUUUAAUCAUCAAUGUUAA